UGUAAAAUCAAAAGUGGUGCUAGACAACUAUAGCACCUUUAUGGUUCCAUGUAGCACCAUAUGGUUCUACAUGGGUGCUUAAUAGUAUUUUAAGUGGUUCCCCUAUGAUUACAAGCUAGCCAUUUAGCAACAUUUUGUUUUCGAGUGUAUGAAUAAUUUCCAUUAACUUUUAACAGAGACUGAGCAGUAGGUGGGUAUGUUUAAAGUUGUUAUGUUAAAUGCCUUUAUUUCUAUGUUACGUUUGCCCAUUCUGCAGCUCAUAUAAAAACAUGGGGGCUGUUUAGUUUCAAGAGCGGCAGUGAGUCAGUUAGCAAACACUGUCAGAUUUGAAGUCUCAAAAUGAUGUUUUUUGAUUCUUAAAAAAAAUUCCCAGGUAUUCAUUAGCAUUUACAGCAAAAUAGUGAAUCAUUAUAAAAGCACGUUUACUGUAAAUACUUGCCUGGCCUAAUUCUUGUAUAUCCACUUCUAAUCAUUCCAAUACAAUUUAUUUUAUUUAUUUGUUUGACCCAGAACAAAAACCAAAACUAAGUUAAGUAAAGGCCUAUGUAAUAACUUUACAUACCAAACAACUUUAAUCCCAUUCAAGAUAUAGUUAGAUAUUAUGAAAUGUCAAAAUGGCUAAAAUAUAUUGCAGAUUUUCUGUAAUAACAUCAGUGCUUGUUUUACACCACUAUUUGCUAUAAUAAGCUCCAUGCCUAUCAUGAAAUUUAUGUUCUUGACAUUUUUAGUAUGUACUUUUUCUUAUGAUUUUUUUCUCACCUAUGCGUUACCUGUUCACGCUCACAUGCGUGACGUAUACAACACUUUCCACCCUCUUGUAAAAACAUGCAGUUGGCUUUCGUAGAGGUGUCGAUGGUGGGAGCCCAUGAUGCUUCUUCCUGUCUCCAUUGCGCUCAGAAUUUCCCCUUCUUGCCCGCCCACUUUCAUUUAGUGCGGUGUAGUGGGCUGUUUCACUUCAGUCUGUCUGAAUCUCUUGGUAGUGUCUGUUCUGCUCAUGAGUCAGUGUAGCUUGUUACUUUGUCCUGUACACCCACGGUGCAAAACCUUCUUAUUUUUUAACUGAUAAUCUAACCAAGAGGAGUGUAUCCUUUGGUCAUCACAACAAACCUAUGAAGGUGCUGAGUGGUCACGGCGUGUGCAAAUCGUUGACCCUAAACAGCAUGGACCUAAUCAGCAUGCAAGCCCCAGUUGUUCAUGCGGGACUUCCCCAUAGUCAGCUGCCUAGUCUGACCCACACCUCCCACACUGAAAACAUGAACCGAAAGCGCUGGAAAAGCGUUUUUCGUCGUGUACAGAAAAAAAACAUGAAUUCCGCUAAUGCUUGCGUACAUCCCAAGCAGCCACUUUUUGGAAAGGCCCUCUCUGAUGUCUGCGAAAAAGAUGGAUCUCUUCCCAAACCAAUUAUGGAUGUCCUCACCUUGCUGCUGAAGAAGGGUCUGUACACCGAGGGAGUGUUCAGAACAGCAGGCAAUGCCAAAACUUUGAAAGAAAUCAAGGCUCAGCUCAAUGAUGGGAUGAAAGUGGACCUGAAAGGGCACAGAGUCGUUGUACUUGCUGAUCUUCUUAAGGAUUUUCUAAGACAUCUUCCUGGAAGUUUGUUAAUGGUGGAGCAGUACAAAUCCUGGAUGAGUGCAAUGGAAAAGGAAGACAUGGAUCAGAAAUGUGCAGAAAUUCAAAUGGUGAUCAACAAGCUGCCUGAUCCAAAUGUUCAACUUUUAAAGCAUCUGGUUGUUCUACUAUACCGCAUAAGUGAGAACUCGGAUACAAACAAGAUGGAUUCCAGCAAUCUGGCUGUGUGCAUUUCACCCAACCUGCUCCAAACAGACAACUUGGAAGAGAUGACAGAGGUGAGGACCCUGACGAAGUUCCUCAUUGACAACUGUUGUAGAAUAUUUGGUGAGGAUGCGUUGAACCUCUACGGAGACUCUGAUGAAGAUGAACUCAGUGAUAACCAAGAUUCAUUUUCUUCAAACCACCAUGACUCUGCCUACGACAGUAAUGACACUGAUGUUGAUGGCUACAAGGGGAGUUGUUCAGACAUGGAGUCUAUCAAGCCUGUUGUUGAAGGGGAAGCCCAGGAACAUUCCAGUGCUGUAGAGCCAUGGACUACAAAACUUUUAACCCGCAGACGUUCAGAACCAACAAUUAUCUUCAGCAAGGGUGUUCGACAGAACCUUCCCCUCACCAGGAGUCAUACAGAAAUGGACUUUCAGGACAAACUAGUAACAAAGCAGGUCUCUGAUGACUGCAUUCUGUUUCAAUCCGGCAACAGCUUGGAUAAGAGCUAUGGUUUGGCACCUAAAUGUAGGGCCAGACAAACUUCCAAAGACUGUUCCUCAAGUUCACUGGAGAGCUGCUUCUCCAGCGCCUCAGAAAGCUCGAUCCACAACAGCCCACCUAUCCCAUCUCUAUCCAAUCAGCGAAGACUGCUUCAACGCAAACACUCGUUUCCCACUCGCCAAUCCACGCUUGCACAGAAUCGCUUGGAGAUGCCCAAAAGACGCUCGCAGUCAAUGAAGGGCGCACACAUCAGAAGCAGGACCGUUUUUGGGCGAAGUGGCUCGACCAAACGUGCCAUCGAGAGAACCUUACGCCACAGCCAGACUCUACCUGAGGUACUUAAUCCUCAACCAGAGCCAUCCACCUCCUCUAAUACGAGGUGCUUGUCUAGUGAGGAGGUUUUCCAGCAGGUGGACAGUAGGAUACCAAGUAAUCCUCCAAGUUAUCAGCAGGCCAUUCAGGACAAUUCCCAUGCUGUUCUCUCGAACCGUGGAUCGUUGACUGUUCAGGAUGCCAUGUGUCUAACAAAGAAAACACAUAGCAGUUCCUCAUCCACGAGUAAUGAGACACUGGAUUCGUCUUGUGGCGAUGAACAUUAUGAUACCAACAACAGAGACAUUAAAGACACAUGUUGUGAAACCAUGAGUGAAGUCUCAUCAGGUUUUAGACAGAGAUCCACAUCUGAACCUAUGUAUGAAACAUCGCUACCAGAGUGGUGUAAUCAGGAUGAUCUUAGAGAGACAUAUAUUUGAUGUGCGGUUUAUUCAUGUUAUUUUUGCUCCAUUUUUGUGGAGACAGUAUUUGUAAAUAUGACAGAUGAUUUGUGGUGCAGCAAUAUUGCAUAUCAGGAAUUAGCUUGUUGCAGAUUCAAGCACAUUGUUGAGAUGCUGAAUUCUUUUGUGGCAAUGUUUUUAUACCCUGUAUAUUUUGAUUCCACAGCAAGAAAAAUAUUAUUGAAAGGCACUUUAAGGGAAAUGUCACUACAAUUUUUGUGCAAUCUUUGAAAGACAUGUAACAUGUAAAUAUUAUGCAAUAUGUCUCCUCAUGAAAUAAAGACUUUUAUUUCAAAUUUA